AAGUAUGGAUAGGUGCUAAAUCUGCAUUGAUUUCACAAGGCUGAACGAGGGCAGGCAGCGCGCACUCACGAGCCCCGUUUAAAGUCACAGAGAAGUAGGUCUCUCGAGCUCACAAGACCACUGUCCCGAUGCGCGACUCAGCUGGAACGGGUUUGUGGAGUGUGGAGUGGAGAACUUCCAGUUACCUUUAUCUGUUACUGACUUCACAGAAUAGCCCGGACUGUUUCUCGUAUGACAGCGAGUGAAUAGCCUACCCUGGACUAACUCGUUACAGAAAUGAAAAAGUUUACAUCCAGCGUGAAGUCUCUGAACAGUUUGAGUCGGUAUCCCUCUUCCUCCGCCAAUGGCGCGGUGGUGGAGCAUGUGGGGAUGGUGGAGUGUCCACCUGCCGGCUUUCCAGCCGCGUUUGGGGAGCAUAUCCCGAGACCUGACGCGGUACCGUUGCAGAACGGGCAAGAGCCACUCGAGGAGAAUGGCGGUGUGCACGUCCCCAGCCGGCUGCCUCCUCCCCUUAAGGCGGGUGUGGAUAACUUUGCUCCGCCCCCUAAGGCGGGCGUGGAUAACUUUGCCUACGUGCCCGGCAGCCCCUGUGAACGCCUCACAGCAGCCGUCGCCAGAGAGGCAGCGCGGGGGGGCACAGGGGAGAGAGGGGACCCCCUCAUCACCGCUGGAGCUCACACACCUGCCCAGGUGGUGUGUGUGUGUGUGCGUGUGGAGGGCAUGGUGUGCCAGUCGUGUGUAUAUGUGCGUGUGGAGGGCAUGGUGUGCCAGUCGUGUGUGCUCUCCAUUGAGGGUCGCGUGGGCCAGCUGCCCGGGGUCGCCUCUGUCCAGGUGUCGCUAGGCAACAAGGAGGCCACGGUGACCUUUGACCCGGGGCGUGUGAGCGCGGAGGAGGUGCGGGCGGUCAUCGAGGACAUGGGCUUCGACGCCACGCUCACGAGCACGAGCAGUAGCGACGAGCAGAGCCUGGGGGACGCCACAGCAGCUGCAGGCGCAGGAGAGGUGUCGGCCAUCUUGGGGGUGGAAGGGAUGCAUUGUGGGUCGUGCGUGCGGAACAUCCAAGAGCACGUGGCGGGCCUGAUGGGCGUCAGCGGUGUCACGGUCUCCCUGGAAACCAAGCGCAUGGACCUGACCUACAACCCCUCUCUGGUUACCUUGCAGACCGUCAAGGGCCUGGUGGAGGGCCUGCCGCCCGGACGCUUCCUCCUCACCUUGGAGACCGUCAAGGGCCUGGUGGAGGGCCUGCCGCCCGGACGCUUCCUCCUCACCAUGCCAACGGAACACUUGGCCACUGGCGGGAACGCGGUUUCCAUAGAGACGACCCCUAACUCCCAGUGCCUGACCUCCACGCCGCUAGACGUCGUUGACCACCUGCAGGAUAGCGCCGCCGCCACAGACACCAUUUUGACCUCAGGGAGGACGGAGACCGCCACCAUUUUGAUAUCGGGGAUGACGUGCCAGUCGUGUGUGCAGGGUAUUGAAGGGAUGUUGUCGCCGCGACCCGGCGUGCUCUCCAUCUCCGUCUCGCUGCGGGAGGAAAAGGGAACCGUGACCUUUAACCCCUCGCUGACCAGUGCGGAGGAGCUGAGGGAGGCCGUCGAGGACAUGGGCUUCGAAGCCACGCUGGCAGGAGAGAGCACCUCUACAGGUAAAGGGACGCCCGCAGGCCCCCAGUGCAACGGCAGCAGCUCUCUCCCCUCUGGGUCCCAACCCCCCACACCUGCACCCCAACGCACCUCAAAGCAUCCCGCAGUCCCCACCACCACUGCCCCCCUCGGCCGGCCGCCAGCAGAGGGAGAGGGGGGGCGGAGUGGAGAGGGGGGGCGGAGUGGAGAGGGGGCGGCCCAGAAGUGUUUCGUCAGGGUGACCGGUAUGACCUGCUCCUCAUGCGUGGCCAACAUCGAGAGGAACCUGCUCAAACACACAGGAGUGUUGUCUGUGCUGGUGUCUCUGAUGGGAGGUAAGGCGGAGGUCCGUUAUGACCCGGCGGUUCUGGAUGCUGUAGAGGUGGCGCGUCUCAUAUCAGCUCUGGGGUUCGGAGCAUCACUCAUGGACACCGGACCAACCACAGAUGGACAACUGGACCUCACCGUAACAGGCAUGACGUGUGCUUCGUGUGUCCACAACAUUGAGACCAAACUACUCCGUACUGACGGGGUGUCCGAGGUCUCCGUCUCCCUAGCAACCAAGAGGGCUCACGUGAACUUUGACCCGGAAGUGGUUGGGAUCAGAGACAUCAUCAGGAGUAUAGAGGCGCUGGGUUUCGGGGCCUCCCUGGUCAAGAGAGAUGGAUUUGGGAGGAACGACGCGCUGGAUCAUCGAGAAGAGAUUCAGCAGUGGAAGCAGUCGUUCCUGUUCAGCCUGGUGUUCGGGGUGCCUGUGAUGGGGCUGAUGAUCUACAUGAUGGUGAUGGACAGUCAGCAUCAGGACCACGGCGGCUCCAUGCCUCACGAGCAGAACCUCCUGCCCGGCCUCUCCAUCCUCAACCUGGCCUUCUUCCUGCUCUGCACACCUGUCCAGAUCUUCGGUGGGCGGUACUUCUACGUGCAGGCCUAUCGCUCGCUGCGUCACCGUGUGGCCAAUAUGGACGUCCUGAUCGUAUUGGCUACCACCAUCUCCUACGUCUACUCCUGCAUCGUCCUAUUGGUGGCCAUGGCAGAGAGGGCGGAGCUUAGUCCUGUCACCUUCUUCGACACGCCCCCCAUGCUCUUCGUCUUCAUUGCCCUGGGACGCUGGCUGGAGCACGUCGCCAAGAGCAAGACGUCGGAGGCGCUGGCCAAGUUGAUGUCACUACAGGCCACUGAUGCCACCAUCGUCACCCUCGGCAACGACCACACCAUCAUCAAGGAGGAGCAGGUGUCGGUUGACCUUGUCCAGAGGGGUGACGUGGUGAAGGUCGUUCCUGGGGGGAAGUUUCCAGUGGACGGGACGGUGAUCGAGGGCAGCUCUAUGGCAGACGAAUCCCUUAUUACAGGUGAACCUAUGCCUCGUUCUAAGUCUCCAGGCUCCUGUGUGAUCGCCGGCUCCAUUAAUGCCCACGGAGCUCUCCUGGUGGAGGCCACUCAUGUGGGAGCUGACACCACACUCAGCCAAAUAGUCAAACUAGUGGAGGAGGCACAGACAUCUAAGGCCCCCAUCCAGCAGUUUGCUGACCGCCUGAGUGGCUACUUCGUACCGUUCAUCAUCGGAGUCUCCGUGGUAACGCUGCUCGUCUGGCUCGUCAUUGGCUUCCUAGACUUCGACAUCGUGACCCAAUACUUCCCUGGCUACGAUAAGAACAUCCCUCGUACGGACGUGAUCGUGCGAUUUGCCUUCCAGACCUCCAUCACGGUUCUCUCCAUCGCCUGCCCCUGCUCCCUGGGCUUGGCGACCCCGACAGCCGUCAUGGUGGGCACAGGGGUGGGGGCCCAGAACGGAAUCCUCAUCAAGGGGGGAGAACCGCUAGAAAUGGCACACAAGGUCCAGGUGGUGAUGUUCGAUAAGACAGGCACCAUCACUAACGGCGUUCCCCGGGUGACGCGUGUGCUGGUGUUGUGGGAUCGGGCUCGUAUGCCGCUCCGCACCGUACUGGCCAUCGUGGGCACUGCCGAGGCCAGCAGCGAACACCCCCUGGGCAUGGCCGUCGCCAAGCACUGCAAACAGGAGCUGGAGUGUGAGACUCUGGGUUACUGUCAUGAUUUCCAGGCGGUUCCUGGUUGUGGCAUCAGCUGCCGCGUGUCCCACCUGGAGGACCUGCUGGACCCAGGAGCCGCCGAGCUGCGAGCCCAGAAACAGCUCACCAUCCUGGGGGCCACCACGGACGAGAGCAGCCUCCUGGCACCCACAGACGCCCAGCCAGGUACGUAUGCGGUGUUGAUCGGUAACAGGGAGUGGAUGCUGCGUAACGGGCUCCAGAUCAGCUCAGACGUGGACGAAGCCAUGAGGAGUCACGAGGAGAAGGGACAGACAGCAGUCCUGGUGGCCAUCGACGGUGUGCUGUGUGCCAUGUUGGCCAUAGCAGACACGGUGAAGGAGGAGUCUGGGCUGGCGGUGCACACGCUAAGCACCAUGGGAAUUGAAGUCAUCAUGAUCACAGGGGACAACCGACGCACCGCUAAAGCCAUCGCCGCACAGGUUGGCAUCAGGCGUGUGUAUGCGGAGGUGUUGCCAUCUCAUAAGGUGGCGAAGGUGUGUGAGCUUCAGGAGCGGGGCCUAAAGGUUGCGAUGGUGGGUGAUGGUGUAAACGACUCCCCUGCCCUGGCCCAAGCUGACCUGGGCAUCGCCAUAGGAACCGGCACUGAUGUGGCCAUCGAGGCGGCUGAUGUGGUACUGAUCAGGAAUGGUCUACUAGAUGUGGUGGCGAGUAUAGAGCUGUCUAAGAAGACCGUGAGGAGGAUUCGCAUCAACUUCGUCUUCGCCCUCAUAUACAACCUGGUGGGGAUACCCAUCGCUGCAGGUGUCUUCAUGCCUGCUGGUCUGGUUCUUCAGCCCUGGAUGGGAUCAGCAGCGAUGGCCGCCUCCUCUGUAUCAGUAGUGGUAUCAUCCCUACUGCUCAGACUGUAUAAGAAGACCCCUGUGCAGGUGUACGAGCUGCGUUCUCAGGGCCACCUUCGCAGCCUGAAGCCCUCCCAGGUGAGCGUCCAGGUGGGCCUGGACGACCGCGAGCGCCCCCACACCCCCCCUCCCCCGCCGCUGGACCGACACGCCCGGGUCAGGCAGAGCCAGGGCAGCUCUCUGCCGGGGUCCUCGCGACCUCACUCCUCCUCCGUCACCGCACAGGACAGAUGCUCCCUAUUGGACGAGGAGGGAGGGGGCGUUGUAUGACCAAAGAGAGAGGAGUAGAUGAAGAUGAUUCAAGCCUGUGCAUUUCCUGGAUCUACGUGAUGUGAUGUGAACGGCCCUUUAGGAGACCUGUGGUUAGGAGAACUUUGGAGGCUUUAGGUUGAGAAUAAAUGAAGUCCCCUUUGCACUGUAGAUGGCGGUUGCACACACCUUAUAAGCCACAGAAAGAGAAGAAGGAGGAGGAGGAGGAGACCGAACUUGAGCACACUCCUUUGCGUUGGGUGGGCAGAGUUUGAAUCAACUUAUUCCACCAGGAACAUCUUUGGUGUGACGUUUAGAUCCCUAUUAGUAUCCUUCCUUUGACCUUGGGACCAAUACCCUUCCUCCAGGAGUCAAUGUCAACUUGAUUGAGUGACCUUGGGCCCAUAUCACUAUCCUUCCUCAAUUGGGGAUCUUUAACCUGUGACCUUGGAUCCAUAAUAAUGUCCCUCCUCCCACCUUGAGUCCAUAUCAGUAUCUCUCCUUUGACCUUAGAUCCAUAUCGAUACGACAAUAUCCCACCUCCAGGGGUGAACUGCAUUGUAUGACCUUGGAUCCAUAUUAUUGUCACAUGCUCUUGAUUGUAAAGCAUUUGUGGAUGAUCAUGUAAACAAUGGACCACAGUACAUUAUGAGAAAGAAAACUUUCAAACGGGCAUUUUUUUUAUCCAGUAGGACAAAGGGACAGGUGCUUUGCCACGACCUCGUCCCUAUGUGUGCACGCAUAUGUCAGUAUCCUUCCACUAGAAGUGACCUUGACUGUGUGACCUUGGGUCCAUAUCAAUAUCCCUCCUCCUGCUGUUUCCUCCGGCCUCUGACCUUGUGCCUCGAGGUUCAGUCUCCUCAAUACACAAUAAAAAACUGUGAGAAAGAGGCCAGAGGAGAGAGGAGUGGAGGAGAAGAGAUACCAGAGGAGGGAGGAGAGGAGAAAGGAGGAAGACGACGGGUGAUGCUGGAGUCCACCAUACUUCCUCCAUUCUUGACUUGACUGUGACUUUUUGUUUUGGUUUUGGGGUUUUGUUUUUACUCACAGAUUCAUUGCUUGAGUCCUUUUUAUUGUUUACCCUGUGAGGUACAUUAGGUGUUCCAUGAUGCCAAAGAUAGCGUGUCCACAAGGCAAAAACACAGUGCAGAACGUUUUUAACGUGGUGCUUGUGCAAUCAAAUCAUUGACAGUAGAUGUAACUGUCAAUGAAUCAAAUACUCAAGUGUCUUUUCUCACACGUGAUUGUAUGAAAUAUGUUGUGAUGGGCAACCUGGAUUCAGAAGCUAAAAUCCAGUGCCACAUAUUCCAAAUGACCUGCUUUCACUUGUACAAAUGCCAAUUGGCACAUUGGACAGGUAAAACCAGAGCCAUGGAAGUUACCGGACAAAUAGACCAGCUGUGACGCGAUUGAAGCACCGGAGAAUCGCUUCUGUGCAGCAAGAGCGAUACGAGCGAUUGAAGCGACUAGCGUAUGUCCAAGCAAAGCAUUCAAACAUUCCCAUUGUCUGUGGUCACUGACCUCUAUACAGUCAUUGGCUGUCGCGGCUGGUCGCCGAACCGUGUCAUAGAAAGUUGAAAGGAUUUCAACUUCAAACUGUCGGUCUCGUCCCGCAAAUCGCCUCUUGUCUCCACAAUCGCUUUUGCGGUUAGGCUAAUCCCAUUGACCUCCGUGUUCCAUUUUUACACAAAGAUGGCGGCUCAUGGACACACAGUGAUAUAGUUCCAAAAUAGUUCCAGGAAGUGAGCGUUGAACACAGAAAGUGCAGUAAAGGUAAAUGCAAUUCAUUUUAGUUCAUUUUUCAGCCAUCUUUGCUUGUUAUGUAGUGGUUCUGUGUUAAUCUUUAGCUAAAAGAAAGCCGCUCCCUAGAAUUAAUUGAAUCUACUUGAAUCAUGACACCAACCAACAUCCUGUACCCCGAUUGUCAUGACACCAACCGCCUUCCAUCCUGUACCCUGGUUGUCAUGACACCAACCGACUUCCUGUACCCCGGUUGUCAUGACACCAACCGCCUUCCAUCCUGUACCCUGGUUGUCAUGACACCAACCGACUUCCUGUACCCCGGUUGUCCAGGGCUUUUGGAAAAUGGAGCACUGGAUUUUAGCUUCUGAAUCACUGAGCAUAUGCUGUGCAAGUAGAAAUGAUGAUUGCUUUUAAAAUGUAUGAAAUAUUAUUAUUAAAGGGGCAUUAUAUUAAUCACCGCAAACAUUGUACGCACCCUGCACUGUUAGGAACACAUUAGAAGCACCCAAUACCAAAGGCUCCCUGUAUUUACCCAACACCAGUGAUUUCACUCAACACCAGUGAUUUCACCAAAUACUAUAUUCACAGAUUGGCAGGUCUGCCCAAUUGUUGGAUUGCUUCUUGAAUUUUGUGAUGCUGCUUAACAUUUGAAGAAACUAGGUCUGCACAAAUAAGCUCCAAAAAAUAAACGUUAUUUAAUUUAACCAAGCAACAUUUCAGUCACCCUGGAUUUUCAUCAGGCAUGGGUAACAGGGAGAAAGCCUGAUGAAGAAAGCAUGAUGGAGGGUUGCUUGCUUUAAUUGCUAGAUUUGAGCUUAUUUGGCUGUGCGCAGACUUACCUUCUUCAAUUGUCUGACAAUAUUGUCUGGCACCUGCAACUAGUGAUGUUGGAUGUGUUUCUGGAUGUGUGCACCGGUCCAGCACCCUACCCAAACAUGCUGCUUAACAUUCCCUCUACUGGUUCAGUGAACCGGCUGCUGGAACUAUUCUGUGUCUGGACUUUUCUGUUCUAAACAUGACGCCAUGAUGUCUCCCAGGCGGAGGAUGAAGAGCCUGCUGUGAUGGCCAGGAUUUUUUUUCUCCCACUUUUUUAUGUAACGUUUCGGCUACGGUAUUGUCAGACAUUUUUUUGGAUGUGCAGGCUUUAACCUACUCCUUUGAAGAAACUGCGAACUCUAACGCUCAGAGGACCAGACACGCAUAAAGCGUUUAUCCAUAACCAAGGCGAGAAACCUUUUUAAGAAAACACAUUUUCAUUCUGUGUUUAGUUUGUUUUUAAUGAGCUGUUGGGCUGAGGAAAGUUAUUUAAUUUAGAGCACAUUGCUUUACUCAGUGGACCUUAAAUCUCACAUGAAAUAAAUAUUUUACCAGAAA